UACCCACAGACACUAUCUUCGUCGUGUCCAUCCUCACCCCAUAGCUUAGCUUAGCUGUUUGACCACAUCUCCUGCCCUAGAUUUUGUUUACUAAAAAUAACAAAGAGGGAAACUAACAAGAACCCUUGUUUUGAUUGGGCGUUUUUUUGUACAGGGGAUGAAUCUCCUGGGAGCAGUUUGAUUGUGUCUUUAACAUGGCUUAUGGUUGUCAUCUGUAAAGGGUUCGUUUUAGGACCCCACUCUCUCUUUCAAAAACUGUGUAUGUCUAGUACGUUUUUUAGGUCAUAUCAUGUUGUAGAUGCUGUUGCUCUUAUUCUGGGCGUGAAUGGGUUUAUCAUUCUAUGCACGUACAAGGAAGUUGGGUAUUGCCAUAUGUGUUUUUUUGCGGCUUUCAAAAGCUAGAAGACUAGGGUAUGGAAAUCUUGGCGUUAUCAUGUAAUGGAGAAUCUAACGGCCCACAGAUGAGCACAGGGACAAAUUUUAUGUGCAAUGGAGAAUCCACCGAGCAUGAAAAACAGGUCCAAGCAUCUGAUGUUACUAACGAAGUUGAUAAUAUCCUUCAAAAUGAAGGAGAUAAACCUGGUGAAGAUCCAAGGGUUUUAAGUGAAGUACCUAAUUCUGAAAGUAUUUGUGCUCAAACCUCAAAUUGCAAGAAUACGGUUGAGGAGAAAGAGUCUCCAUGUAGCUUGAAUGCCGAAAAGCAAGUCAAUGAAUCUUGCUCAGUGGUUGAUAUACCAUUUAAUGUGGAUAAAUGCGGAGGUGAGCUUCCAACUAGCACCAAAGAUGGAGAAUCUCAUCUUCAAGAAGACCGGUGGUUAGAUCAAAAAGAAACCCCUGCAAAGCAAGUCGGUGAAACUUGCACAGAAGUAGAUAUACCAUUUAAUGUGGAAAAUAUUGGAGGCAAGCUGCCAAGUAGCACCAGAGAUGGAGAAUCUCAACUUCAAGAAGCCCAGUGGUUAGAUCAAGAAGAAACCGUGGCACUGUGGGUGAAGUGGAGAGGAAAAUGGCAAGCAGGCAUCCGAUGUGCGAGGGCAGACUGUCCGCUUUCAACUUUGAAAGCAAGGCCGACACACGGGAGGAAGCAGUAUUUUGUAGUAUUUUUUCCCCAAACCAGGAAUUAUUCCUGGGCUGAUACAUUACUUGUCCGUCCGAUUCAUGAGCUCCCGGAGCCUAUUGCACAUAAAAGUCAUUCUAGAGGGAUGGCAAAGGUCAAAGAUUUAAGCCUUCCACGCCGUUUCAUCAUCCAAAAGCUGGCUAUAAGCAUGGUGAAUGUCAGUGACCAACUACAUAAUGAGGCUGUAAUUGAGUGUGCUCGCGCGGUGGCAGCCUGGAAGGAAUUUGCUUUGGAGGCUUCUGGCUGCAAAUCUUACUCAGACCUUGGAAGGAUGCUUUUGAAGCUUCAGACCAUGGUAUUGAAGCAAUUUAUAGAUCCUAAUUGGCUUCAAAACUCUUUCGACCUCUGGGUAGAACGCUGUUGUAAUGCUCAAAGUGCUGAAUCUGUUGAAACAUUGAAGGAGGAACUAAUAAAUUCGGUUACAUGGGAUAAAAUUGAAGCACUCUGGAAUGCACCCACGCAACCUGAAUUGGGCCCUGAAUGGAAAACAUGGAAGCAGGAAGUUAUGAAGUGGUUCUCGCUAUCAAACCCUACAGCCAGUGAAAAACGCAAAGAGCAGCCACAGUGUGACAGUCCUAUGAGCAUGGAUCACCAAAUUAGCAAGAAAAGACCUAAACUUGAAGUCCGCCGCGCAGAGAUUCAUGCUUCGCAAAUGGAAGCUAGCACUUCACAUGACGUCAUCCUUCAGAAUACCGUUAUUGAUAUAGAUUCUGGAUAUUUUAAUAGCGAUGUGCUUGGUAAUGCUAGCACAUUACUAUCCGAUCGUUCUAGUGACAUGAUGGUUGCUAAGCCAUCUGCACAAUCUAAUGAUCCUCCUACUAUUCCCGACGGGUGGGACAAAAUGGUUGUUGAAGUGGAAAACUCCGGGUUGGUUAAAACUGCUGAAGUGGCAGAACCCCUGAAUAUGAAUCCUUUAGAUCCUGGAAACAAAUACCGGCAAUGCAUGGCUUUUAUUGAAGCAAAGGGAAGGCAGUGUGUUAGGUGGGCUAAUGAAGAUAGUGUCUACUGUUGCGUGCAUCUGACUACUCGUUCCAUCGGCAAAACUGCAAAUGCAGAACAAGCACACCCUAGUGAUACUCCAAUGUGUGAAGGAACCACCACUCAUGGUACAAAAUGUAAGCAUCGAUCUCGAUUUGGAUCUCCUUUCUGCAAGAAGCAUGGGCUCCAGGAGAACCAGCUUUUGACGGAUAUGGAACACCAGUCAAAUUCACCUGAAAAUGCACUUAAAAGAAAACACAUAGAGAUGAGUGUUAGUGGCAAAGAAAUGGUUUUGUGGGCAGAAGGCCAUAAUUCUGUUCCAGAGAAUUCAAUCUCUUUGAUGGAGGGAGAAACUUUCGAUGGGAGAACCAACUCAGUAGGAAUAUCGGGAUACCCUCAAUGUAUUGGAUUGUACAACGAACACAGUAAUGCUCCCUGUCCUGAACGUGCCAAAUUGCACACGCUGUACUGUGAGAAGCAUCUUCCAAGCUGGCUUAAACGUGCCAGGAAUGGUAAAAGUAGGAUUAUUUCUAAAGAAAUCUUUGCUGAUCUUUUAAGGGCUUGUAGCACACAGAAUCAGAAAUUGCAUUUCCAUCAAGCAUGUGACCUCUUAUAUGUUUUUGUUAAAACCAUUCUUCACCGACGAAACCCGGUUUCCAAGGCGACCCAGCUCCAGUGGAUCUUAUCUGAAGCUUCUAAAGAUAUAGGUGUUGGUGAAUGGCUAAUCAGGUUGGUGUCUCGUGAAAGAGAAAAAAUCAAUACGUUUUGGCGCUUCGAUGUUAACAAAGACAAUACAGUUACCUCCUCUGGCUUUGAACCAGCAGCACUUGUUGCAGUGGUUCCCCAGAGCGACAUAAACAACAGUCAGAACAGUGUUAAAUGCAAGAUAUGUUCAGAGGCAUUUUCCAACGCUCAAGUGCUUGGUACCCACUGGAUGGAGAACCAUAAAAAGGAAGCUAAAUGGCUGUUCAGAGGGUAUGUAUGUGCAGUUUGCAUGAAUUCAUUUACUAACAAGAAAGUUCUUGAGGCCCAUGUUAGGGAACGACAUGAAAAACAAUCUCUUGAACAUUGUAUACGGUUCCAAUGUACACCUUGUGGGACCCAUUUUAUGAGUCCACAACAGUUAUGGUCACAUGUACUGACGCUUCACUGUGAUGACUUCAAACUGCCGUCUACCACCGAUCAACAACAUAACAUAUCUAUAACUCCUCAACAACUUCAUCUUGGUAAGGCUGGUAGGUCGGGGAAUGAAGUUGCAGGAAAGAGGUUUUCGUGUAAGGUCUGUGGGUUAAAGUUCGAUCUUUUACCUGAUUUAGGGCGCCACCAUCAAGCUGCUCAUAUGGUUUUGGAGGUCACCAACAAUACGUCUUCAAAGAGAGGAACUCAUCUUAAUCCUUAUAAAUUAAAAUCGGGUAGACCCAACCACACUGGUUUUACCAAAGGUCUUGAAGAGGAUUCAUAUAGGAUCAGGAAACCCUUCCAGGCAUCAAGCUCUGGUAGUACUGGGGUAAGAGUACAGACUCAGGUAGCUGAAGAAGUGGGUCUGGGUAGGCUAGUUGAAUAUCAGUGUUCAUCUGUUGCAAACAAUUUGUUUUCUGAGAUACAGAAAACAAAACCUCGUCCAAGUAACCUUGACAUUCUUUCCGUUGCUCGAACAACUUGUUGCAAGAGAAACCUCGUAGCAGCGCUCGAAGAGAGGUUUGGUAUACUGCCGGAACGUUUAUAUCUCAAGGCGGCAAAGCUCUGUAGUGAACUGAAUAUUCAGGUGGAGUGGCACCAAGAAGGAUAUAUCUGCCCUAAAGGAUGUAUGAUGAACACAAAACCUUGUAAUUCCUCUCCCUUGUCGCCUCUCUCAAGUGAUUUUACGAAAAUUCAAUUAGUAAAGACAGAUGAUCCUAUUAGUGAAGAUGAGUGGGAUAUGGAUGAAUGUCAUUGCGUACUUGAAUCACGGCAUAUAAAAUUGAAACCCAUGUCAGUACUCUUGUUUGAAGAUGUAAGUUUUGGGCGAGAAACAAUUCCAAUAAGUUGUGUAGUGGAUGAGAAUCUUCUUGCGUCCCUCCACAAUGCUGCAAGUGAAGUGUCCAAUGGAAAAACAAUUCGGUCCCCUUCGCCUUGGGAGGGUUUUACCUAUGUUAAGGAGCGGUUACUUGAUCCGUGCCUUGGUCUCGAUACCAAGAGUUCGCAGUUGGGCUGUUCUUGCCCACACUCAACCUGUUCAGCAGAUGCCUGUGAUCACGUGUACCUCUUUGACAAUGACUAUGAAGCGGCUGAGGAUAUUAAUGGUCAACCAAUGCAUGAUAGAUUUCCAUAUGAUGAAGAUGGUCGAAUUAUUUUAAAGGAGAUAUACCCAGUCUAUGAGUGCAACUCAAUGUGCAGCUGUGACAAGAGUUGCCGGAAUAGGAUUUUGCAAAAUGGGGUGAAAGUCAAAUUAGAGGUUUUUAAAACGGAGAAAAAGGGUUGGGCAGUCAGAGCUGGUGAAGCAAUUUCACGUGGAACAUUUGUGUGUGAGUACAUUGGGGAAGUUCUAAAUGAUCAGGAGGCAACCAAGAGGUAUGACAAGGAAGGUUGCAGCUAUCUGUAUCACAUUAACUCUCACAUCGACAGCAUGAGUGAAUUAGUUGAAGGAGGAACUGUGUCCCAUGUCAUUGAUGCAACACGAUACGGGAAUGUUUCUCGGUUCAUUAACCAUAGUUGCUCGCCCAACCUUUUUACAUACCAAGUUCUGGUGGAUAAUAUGGAUAGCCAACUUGCACAUAUUGGAUUAUAUGCGAAUCGUGAUAUUGAUAAAAAUGAAGAGCUAGCUUAUGACUACCGUCGUGAGCUACUGCUGGAGGGAAAAGGGCACCCUUGCUAUUGCGGUGCUACGAACUGUCGUGGGCGUAUAUACUGACCAGUUUCUGAAGCCUUGGUCACGUCAUUAAUUGUAUUACUACAGUUGCACAAAAUUGUGUAGAACCCAACUCUAUAUGUAUCAUUUCAACUCUAUUUUCUCUGACUCAUAAAAUCACAAGUUUUUUCUGUCUUCCUUGACAAAUAAGUUAGUCCUCGUUAUUAACAACAGUGUCAUCGUCCAUUCAA